UGCAGCAAGUCAAUUGAGUGCCAAAUAAAUCAGUGAAUAAAUAAAAUGAAGCUAAUAAAUAAAAUAUACUUUUUUUCCCUUCGUCUCGUCUCGGCAGCACUACCGAUCGGAGCACCACACCUAGCCCAGAUAGAUGUGGGUGAAUUUUACGACUAAUAAGCUUUAACCUUACAUUAAGACUUUGGAGAUUUUGACCUACCAUAUACAGUUUGGAAGAUAAAAUGGAAGAGUCAUAUGCUAGAUAGAAAGCUUGGUUGUUGGUGUUUAUUAGUAAAAAGUAUUUUCGAAUUGGAAUUUGGAGUGCUUAGUGUACUUUUUCUUUCUCCGUUGACCUACUUAUUGGACUUUAGCUGAAUACAUAUAAUCUUGGGAUUUGUGUCUAUCUAUUCUAUUCAAUUGACUUUGCUCUUGUACUUCCUCUCUUCCUCUCUUCCUCUUUCUCUCUAUAUUACUUUACUUCUACUUGCAUACAAUUGCAUACGUCAGAACUCUCUUCACUUCACUUCACUCAUCACAAUACUAAACCAUAUCAACAGAAUGUCCAACGAACUCCCCACCACCGCCACCAACGGAAAUGGAAAUGGACACGGCAACAAUGUCUCCUCUACCUUCACCGUCAAGGCCGGUCUUGCGCGUAUGUUAAAGGGAGGUGUGAUUAUGGAUGUCGUCAACGCCGAACAAGUACGUAUACACUUUACCCAAUAAUAGUAUCCCACAAACCCAAAAACCACCACUAACAAUCACCUCAAGGCAAGAAUCGCAGAAGAAGCAGGCGCAGUAGCAGUCAUGGCUCUCGAACGUGUACCGGCUGAUAUCCGAGCUCAAGGGGGUGUAGCCCGCAUGUCUGAUCCUAAGAUGAUUAGAGAAAUCAUGGAGACAGUUACUAUACCCGUGAUGGCCAAGGCAAGAAUCGGUCACUUUGUAGAAUGUCAAGUUAGUUACCCUCCCCUUCCCUCCCCUUCCCUCCCCUUCCUCCCCUUCCCUCCCUUCCCUCCCCUUCCUCCCUUCCUCCCUUCCUCCCCUUGCCCCGAUUCUCUCAUCCAAAUCUAAAAACUAACACUUCUCCCUCCUUCCCACCAGAUCCUCCAAUCAAUCGGCGUAGAUUACAUCGACGAAUCCGAAGUGCUCACCCCAGCCGACGCACUCCACCACGUGGAAAACACCCUUCACCAUCCCCUUCGUCUGCGGAUGUCGCAAUCUCGGCGAAGCCCUCCGCCGCAUCUCCGAAGGCGCAGCCAUGAUCCGCACCAAAGGCGAAGCCGGCACCGGAGACGUCAUCGAAGCCGUCCGCCACCAACGCCAAGUAACCUCCGAGAUCCGCGCCGCAUCGCUCAUGUCAGACGAGGAACUCCGCAUCCUAGCAAAGGACAUCCAAGCACCCUUCGAACUUCUCAAAGAAACCGCACGAUUGGGACGACUCCCCGUGGUAAACUUCGCUGCGGGCGGAAUCGCAACCCCUGCUGAUGCGGCUCUCAUGAUGCAGUUAGGAUGCGAUGGAGUGUUUGUCGGGAGUGGGAUAUUCAAGAGUGGGGAUGCGGCGAAGAGGGCACGGGCUAUUGUGCAGGCGACGACGCAUUUUAAUGAUGCGAAGGUUUUGGCUGAGGUCAGUGAGGAUUUGGGUGAGGCGAUGGUGGGGUUGAAUUGUGGGACUAUGGAUCCUAAGGAGAAGAUGCAGGGGAGAGGAUGGUAGGUGACUGAUGUUUUGUGAGGAGCCAGGAGUGAAGAGGAAAUGAUGGGAAGACUGAAAUGACCUGAAGAAGAUACAAUGAUUUGAAUAAGUGGAGGAAGGUGUGGUUUUUUGUUUGUGCGAUCGGUUCUAUGGAUAAAAUAGGGAAAGAUACAAAGGUCUAUUCGGCAUAGCAUCACGUCAAUUGGCACGGUAUGCAUAGAGGCAUGGAAGAUAGGUUGUGUGCAUACCUAGAGAUUCUCAACUCAUCUCCAAAAUGUAAUAUUUAAAAAGCUCUACAGUAGAAAGUAGCCAGCACAUAACUUUUCGUGUCCUUCAAGUGUCUAUUUUCUAACUUCAUGGUAUUCCUCAAU